AUGACCGUUACAUUACAGGACGUGGCUGGUAUACUUGGUUUUCCUACUGACAGGCAGCCAGUUACCGGACCUACAACAUUGGUUUGGAUCGCUGUGUGUCAGCAUGUUUUUGGGACUGCCCCUGUUGCGGGCACAGACAUUCACGGAGGCGAUCUACGUAUUUCAUACUUAGACAGAAUAUAUCCCGAUUGGUUUCCAGUAGCACACAAUCCUGAUGAGGUGAGGCGUUACACCCAGGCACACAUUUUGCGGCUAUUAGGCUCAUGGCUACUGUGUGACAGAUUGGGUGGCAGCAAAAUUGCGUGUCGUUACGCUCCACUGCUAGGAGGGGACUUUCAGGACAUUGGCACAUACAGUUGGGGGUUUAAUUCUCUAGCUCCCUUUAAGCCACAUGAGCAGUCUUGGUUUUGGGAAAUCCUUGACACGCUUUAUAGAGACGAGGUUAUGUGCCAGCCAUACGGUGAAUACCAUACAGCAUUGUUAGUAUCUGAUCAUGAGCGGUACUUAUGGUUGGCCAUUACUCCUAUCAUUUGCUUCCACACAGUUGAGUGCGCUCAACCGGAUAGAUGUAUGCGACAAUUUGGUUUCGAUCAGCCCAUACCGCGGAGACAAAGAAAGCUUAAGGGUGUUCAUGAUCUAACUCUGCGAGGGAAGAAAGACGAUAAUUGGGAGCGUAAAUUAAGGCCCUUCGUAAAUUGA